AUGAGCUUCGCAGGAAAAGGCACUGAAUCUAUGACCGAAGCUGGAAGUAAUGCUGGCCAGCAAGAUGUUACUUUCACUUUGAAAGCCAUGCAGCAACAAUUCGAGAGAUUGGAAGUUGUUUUCGGAGAUAUUCCUGAUAGGAUGGACAGGCAAGAUCAACGAAUUGACCAAAUGCAAAUGGAGCGAACCGGGCAGUGUGUACCAGUGCCCAAUGCAAGGAGGCUAAUGCACCAACCGCCGAUUCCUCAAGAUGAAGAUUAUGAGGAAGAUGAUGAUAUGGCAUCCGUGGGAAGUGUGAAGAGAGCCGGAGGAGUUAGGAACAAGGGAAGAAGACAUGGGAGGCGAGAUCAAGGAGUUAGAGAUGGAGUAGAUAGGAACAUCGGGAGUAUUAAAAUGACGAUACCACCAUUUCAAGGGAGGAAUGACACUGAUGCUUACAUCGAAUGGGAGAGGAAGGUGGAGCUUAUAUUUGAUUGUCAUAAUUAUUCGGAAGAGAAGAAGGUGAAGCUUGUAGUGGUGGAGUUCAUCGACUAUACAAUAGUGUGGUGGGAUAAAUUGGUCAAGGAAAGGAGGAAGAACCAUGAAAGGCCUAUUGACACUUGGGAUGAGAUGAAGGCUGUCAUGCGGAGGCGAUUUGUUCCCUCUUAUUACUAUCAGGACUUGCAUUUAAAAUUGCAAAGUCUAAGGCAGGGGACAAAGAGUGUGGAAGACUACCACAAGGAGAUGGAGAUGGCUUUGAUUCGGGCUAACACUGAAGAGGAUGAAGAGGCGACUAUAGCCAGGUUUUUAUGUGGUUUGAAUCGGAAAAUUGCUAAUGUGGUGGAGUUGCAGCAUUAUGUGGAGAUAGAAGAGAUAGUUAGCAUGGCCAUGAAAGUAGAACGACAACUCAAGAGAGGGAGACCAGCAAGGCAAGAGGAUGGUUCAUAUUCUGGGUCUUCAUCAAAUUGGAAGUCAAAAUGGGGUGCUAACUCAAGACUAGUGGAGAAACCCAAAUCGAAUGCUGAAAGGAGCAUUAGCAAGAGCCAAGGGGACAACAAGGAGAGAGAUAGUUGGGAAAUUGAAACCAAAGAAGAGGAAAGUGAUUCAAUGCCAACACAUGAUGAUUCUAGUGAUUAUGAAUAUAUUGCUGAAGGGAAUGCCGUAGUAAUCAUGCGAGCACUUAAUGCACAAAUUAAGGAAGAAGAGAGAGAUGAUGUGCAAAGGGAAAAUAUAUUCCACACUAGAUACCAAGUGAAGGAUCGAGUAUGUAGUUUAAUCAUUAACGGGGGCAGCUGUGUGAAUGUGGCUAGUAAGUUACUUGUUGACAAGUUGGGAUUGCAUACAUUGAAGUAUCCUAGACCAUAUAAGCUGCAAUGGUUGAAUGAAAGUGGAGAAGUGAAGGUGAACAAGCAAGUUCUGGUUUCCUUUACAAUUGGGAGAUACAAGGAUGAAGUUCUUUGUGAUGUAGUGCUCAUGCAUGCUAGUCAUAUGUUGCUUGGGAGGCCAUGGCAGUUCGAUAGACAGGCGAUAUAUGAUGGGUAUAAGAAUCGAUACUCUUUUUUCAAGGAUGGUAGAAAAGUGACACUUGUUCCAUUGACACCUAAUCAGGAGUUUGGAGAUGUCUUUCUCGAGGAGUUACCCAAGGGUUUACCACCAGUAAGGGGAAUCGAGCAUCAAAUCGACUUUGUGCCUGGAGCUGCAAUUUCGAAUCGACCAGCUUACCGAAGUAAUUCAGAGGAGACAAAGGAACCACAAAGACAAGUGGACGAGCUGUUAGCUAAAGAGCAUCGUGUUCUUCAAGCAUUGAGACAUGAACAACUAUAUGCAAACCUGAAGAAAUGUACAUUUUGCAUGGAUCGAGUUGUGUUUUUGGGAUUUGUUGUUAGUUCCAGGGGUAUUAAGGUUGAUGAGGAUAAGGAGAAAGCAAUUAAGGAUUGGCCGACGCCGAAAUCCGUAACCAAGGUAAGAAGUUUUCAUGAUCUAACCAGAUUUUAUAGGCGAUUUAUGCGGAAUUUUAGCACGUUGGCUGCACCAUUGACAGAAAUUGUUAAGAAAGAUACCGGUUUCAAAUGGGGAGUCGAGUAA